AUGAAGGUCAAUAAAUUCCCUCAUUUGGCUGCAUUCCCGUAUCAAUCGGGGGCUGCAGUUGAUAUGCUCAUGUCCUAUUUGUCGUACAACUUGACCACAUAUAUCGGUCAAAUGGACUCCGAUGUCAUCAUAAGCAAACCACUAUUGAAAAAUCGAUCGGCGUUCGAAAUCAUCGACUGUUGGGAUCAUAAUAUCUAUGUUUGCAUAUUAUUAUCAUUACUGGCCAUCGGAUCGGUGUUUGGCCUCAAAUACCGGUCCGUCGGCACCGGUUUGGAGACAAUGUGGGGCUAUUUGUCGAUUAUAAACGGAAACGCCUAUCGAGAAGACAUUGAUUAUCACAUAUCAACAGCGGAUAUAAGUAAAACAUUUUACUUUUGGGGCGUAAAUAAUGAGCGAUUAAACCAAUCGUUUGUCAAUCAAUUCAAUAAAAUUGUGAAACGUAUGCAACAAAACGGUGUCUAUGAGUAUAAAGUAAGCAAAUCAUUGAAACCUUUGGGUUUUGGUCCCGAUAUAUACGACAAACCGAUUGUCGAUAAGACAUAUGAUAUCAUAUCCAUUGCAGACAUCGUUGGCGUCUUUGGUUACAUCAACGCUGUAUAUGUGCUCAUCACUGGCCACUCGGGUACAGCGCCGCCCAAUUGGUUGGUCACUAUCGCCGUAUGGAUGGGUGCGUGCGGUUUCAUAUACAACGACCUAAUCAUGGCUCACAAAAUUGGCAAAAUAGCAAUAAUGGGAUCGGCGACACAAGUUACCUUGGCCCUAUUUGUGUAUCGCUAUAAUAUAACAUCUAAUAUACCCACCGAUCAAUUGGUCCAGGACAAAAUAUGCCGCAACGUAUACCACAUAAACGCAAGUUAUUGUUCAAAUUUGUCUCGAAUGGCCGACUCGGAUGACUAUCUGGGCAUUAAGUCCACAAUACUGACCGAUAGCACCACAUUCAUGGCCUCAAGCAUUGUGUUAAUAACAUUGCCAUCAGUGGUGGCCUUACUGUUCAUCGGCUCGUGGACUGACACCUAUAUCAGGGCCAAGAAACUGAUCCUCAUUGGGGGUGCGGUGGCCACCCUAUUGGAAGUCUCCGUACUUAUUGUUAACGAUUAUGUCAGCGCACUAUGUAAUAUUAUUGUCAAAUGUACCAUGCAUGUUGACCGGGGGUGCAUUAGCCCUGUUCUCAUCGAUCUGGUCCUAUAUUUCGGUCACCACUCCAACCAAUAUGCGGGCCAUGAGAAUAGCUGUCGCAGAGAUCACUAUUGCCUUAGUAUAGCGCUGCCAUUGGGCUCAUACGUGGGCGGACUGGUACUAAACACUACACCCCUGUUCAGCACCGGUCAGUUGCAUAACUACUCGGCGGUGUUUAUCAUCGGUGGUGUUGCCUUUGCGUUGGCACUCAUUUGGAUCCUAUAUAUGGUGGACGAGCGCCGGGAUGUCGGCGAAUGGGAGCGACGGUUCAAUCGCUUGUCCGACACCGAGACUGACGAAGAAGUGGCCGAAAGGGUGCGACAGAAGCUCCAGAAAUACGACGACAAUCAAGACAUACAUCCAAUCAAACUGUUGCUAAACUUGAGUAACGCUCGCGAAAUGUGGCGCACGUGUAGUAAACGCCGGGACGGGUGGACACGACUCCAGAUAUGGCUACUGUUUCUAUCGAUGGCCUGUUAUCUCAUGUCAAACAUCGGACCCGUUUUCUUCUUGUAUCAGUUCUCGCAGAAGGUGUAUAACUGGGACUCAAAGACAUACAGCGACGUCACUGCCAUCGCACACAUAGCAAUCACUUUGGCCACAAUGAUCUUUGCACCCAUAUUGCUCAAGGUGCUAAAACUUAAAGAUACCACAAUAUCAAUGGUGGGUUUGGGUUCACAUUUUAUGCAAAAUAUUGUGAGGGGUGUUGUGUUGACACCCUUUGGCUUUUACUACUCGAUAAUCGCCGGGUGUUUAGGAGGCGUCGCCUCAAUCGGCAUUAGGUCUCACUUUUCAAAGAUUAUACGAUUGGAUGAAUUGGGAAAAGUGUUCAGCGGUUUGUCGGCCAUCGAAGCCCUGACGCCACUCAUAUCGGCCGCUCUGUUCACCGGUAUAUUCAACGCCACAAUGGAUUCAAUGCCCGGUCUGUCCCUAAUUGUGUUGGCGCUCAUACUUAUGAUCCCGUUUGGAGUCGUCCUAUGGAUCCAUUUGUGCACUCAUUUGCCAGAUGUUGACCACAAUAAUGAUAAUAAAGCAAUAAGUAUUAACGACGUUGAUAAUAAUUAA